AUGUACUUUAGUUUGAACAUCAGCCAGCCCAAUAGAGACGACACCCAGUGUUUGCCCUCAGGCAGUAAAUUGCGUAAACAGCAAAGUAACGCUUUGCCGCCACAGAUAUUACGCAUACUUGUACAAGCGAGUGGCGGCAUCAUGCAACACGACACCACGCGGGUCGGUUUGGGUGUGGGUGGUGGCGGCGGUAGUCACUACAAAGUGACUACGCGCUGCGUACCCGAAGUGAGCGUAACCUCACCGACCGAUGGCCAUUAUCAUGAAUUACAGCCAUUCUCAUCGGUAUCAUCAACAUCAUCAGCAUCAACAACAUCAACAUCACAAUCAGCAACAGUGGCCAUUACAACAGCAACAACAACAACACCACAUACGCAUGCAGCACAGCACGCUAAUCAUCAGACAACCGAACAGCUGCCAUCAAAAUCAGCAACACAAACACAUCAGCAACAUCAACAGCAACAACAUCACAAACAAAAAGUAAAUCAUAAACAGCAAGCGCAACAACAGAAAUCACAUAAAAAAUCGAAAGCCAAGCUAAGUAGCAACAGCAACAGCAACAGCAAUAGCAAUAGCCACUGCUAUAGCAACUAUAAUUACAACAGCAACAACAACAAUAAUAAUAAUAGCAAGAACAGCAUUAAUCAUAGCAACAGCCAUAGCCAAAAUAGUAGUAACAGUAAAACUCUUCUACAACGCAAUAAACACACUAACAACAUUUAUUCAUCAGGAGCCACACUGGUGGAGGAGGAGGACUUUAAUGAAUUGACAGCGGUGCCGACAGCAACAAUUGUGAUAGCAACGAAUGUGAACGGAAAAGUGCGCGUAAGUCCACAAGCGACCAACAACAGCAGCGUUGCCGGCCCUGGCAUCGGCGACGGCACCGGCAAAGAGUCGGUUCGCCAGCUGCCACCACCACUGAAAUUGACCGCCAGCACAACGCCGAUUAGACCGACAACAAUUGCCGCGUCUACGAAAAAUCUACUGCAACGCCAGAAGGCGACCCAGCAGCCACAUCAGCAACAGGCGAGUCCAACCAGAACUACAGCUGAAAAAUUGAUUGCACAAACUAGUGAGGAGAGUCAACCCACUGAAUUGACACCUUUAGUGGAGACGCACGAUAUCACGCUCGGCCAUAGUCCGACGGCGCUCACACCUUCCUCCAAUAGCACCGCGAUCGCCGCAUCUGUUUCACCAACAACUAGUGUUGGUUUAUCUACAGCAGCAAUACAAAACGGUGGCGGCUUGUCGCCUUCCACAUCUGCUGCCAGCAUCAUCUCUGCAGUUGGCCUUGCGAACGCACCGAACAUUUACGGUCAGCAAACUAACAUACCGGCUGCACCAACGGCACCACCACCUACAGCUAUCGCUGCUGCUGCUGUUGCUGCCGCCGCCACCACCACAACUUACAGUCACAACUCGAAGACCACACGCUCCUGGCCGGUAAUCUAUAGGAAUCCACAUCAUUACGAUUACGAGGCACUCUACGUGCAGGCGUCCGGCGGUUUCUCUAAAACAGCUGCUGGCGGAAAUCAUCACUAUCACCACCAGCCGUCGAGUCACUUUCAAAUCGGCAGUAGCGCUUUCAAGCAGAAUUGCUAUUCGAAUCAAUUUGCUCAAUCCAUUUUGUAUACGUCAAGCAAUGAGGACUUGAGCGCAAUUAAUGAGCACGGCGAUGAUGUUGGCGGCGGUACAACCGGUGGCAGCAGUAAUUUCGGCGUUAGCAACGGUCCCAGCAAUCACAAUACGAAAAACAAUACACAAACGACGUGCUAUUACUUUGCGCCAAGUCGGCAUAACAGCAUUUAUGAACAUUCGUCGGCUGUGCCGCUGCAGCGGCUGUUGAGAGUUUAA